AUGCGCCACUACUCAUUGCUCGUCACGCUCCUAUGUCUCGGAACGGCUGCUGCCAGCCCCGUCGAGCUGCCGCCACCGCGGCUGGGAUCUGGAGCCGGCCACGCGGCCCACCAUCGCAAGUCUGGACCGGGUGGUGGCACCGAACUGCAGUCGAGGUCUGGACCCGUCCACAUCGCGCUCCAGCGGCAGCAGGUGGAACGUAGCCCCGCGGACCGAAAGCGUGGAUGGAACCAGAGGCGCGCUCUGUAUGGGCAGGGAGACAUGCACGCCCGUCAAGAGUUCCCAACAGUGGUCUCCAACCCGCCAGCGGCGGAGACGAUCACAACAGGACUGACCAAUAUUCCCGUCGAAAACCUCAUGUACGAUGUGAUGUACACGGCCAACUUGAGCCUUGGUACACCGCCGCAAGAAUUUACUGUCUCGCUCGACACUGGGUCUGGCCCGUUGUGGGUGAUGGUGGCCGGGUGUGGUGGGGAUUCAUCAUGCGCACCCUCCGUUCCCAAGUACUACCCCAACCGGUCGUCCACCUUCGAACCGUUGGAAUCGCUCAUCGUCUUGCAUUAUGGAAAGGGCGAUGCCAGCGGCCAUCUCAUGCAAGAUGCCGCUUCCAUCGGCGGGUGGGGCGUACCGUCGCAACAGUUUAUCGGGAUAAAUUACCUCCUCGAUAUGCCAGCCAAGGCACUAGCAGGCGUGUCUGGCCUCGUCGGACUGAGCCCAACCAGCUAUCGCAACCAGACCAACUUUUUGGUGGAAGUGGCGCGAAGUUGGCUAGACCAGCAGUUUGGGUUCUACGCUGGACGGACGGCAUACCUCCCGAACGCUACAGACGAGGACCAAUAUGCAAGUCGUGAGCUGAACAGUCAGAUCACUUUUGGCGGCGUCGACUCGACAAAGUUCCAAGGCGAGCUCAACUACAUCCCCACUGCUGUCUCGUACGACUGGCUCAUCCCUUUUGAGGGGUACACUAUGGGCAACACCCAGAAGCUGUUCUCUGGCGCCAUGGCUGCCAUCGACACUGGGACAACAAGAAUAUAUGGUCCCAAGGCCGCUGUGGCGGCGUUCUACGCCAACAUCCCGUCCUCUACAGCACUGCCAGGCUACAACGGAUACUACUAUAUGAAGUGCAGCGACGUACCCACUACACUAUCGUUCCGGUUUGGCGGCCAAGAUUAUCCCAUGUACGGGCCCGACAUCUUUUACGAGUAUGACCUUGUCGACGGGAUCCGGUAUUGCCUCGGCAGCGUCAUUGGCGACGGCUCGACCGAGAACAUUUUCAAUGAUACUGUUAGCUGGCUCAUGGGAGACGCCAUGCUCAAGAACGUGUACACUGCUUUCCGCCUCAGUCCCCUCUCUGUCGGGUUUGCGCCGCUCGUGGCGGAAGCCGAUAUCAGGACCACAGUCUCUGGCGCUGGCCCCACCUACGCUGCUGCCACUACAGCACGUGCCGCCACUGCCAUCGGCCCCACUCUUAACGCGGGAAUCGCCACCGUCAAGGCGUCGACGGCAACGACGAAAGCGGGCACCUCAACCCAAAGUCUUGCAAGUGCAGGCGACCAUAGGUGGUCGUCGGGCACUUUUGUCUUUCCAGUGUUCAUGGCCGUUAUCGUAGUACUCCUCGCAUAG